GAGGAGAGGAGAGGCAGACGCCAGAGAGAGAGAGAGAGAUGGUGUGCUGCUGAUUCUGACUGAAAGGCGGAUCAGACAGAAGGAAGACAAGAACAGGAGGAGAGUGAAAAGACGAGAGAGAGAGAGAGAGAGAGAGAGAGAGAGAGAGAGAGAGAGAGAGAGAGAGAGAGAGAGAGAGAGAGAGAGAGAGAUAGGGUUUUGGUUCGCUGGACCCACAAGAACAUGCAGAGAGGAGAGAGAGAGGACCAGGGAUGACAGCCAUGCUCAGCCCAAAGAUAAGGCAGAGCAGGAGAGCAGCCAGGUCGAAAAGCAUGGUGAUGGGCGAGGUGUCGCGGGCCACCGGCCGGCCUGCUUCCCCCAGCCUCCAGGAGGGGGCGCUGAAGGCCGGCUGGCUGAAAAAGCAGCGCAGCAUCAUGAAAAACUGGCAACUCCGCUGGUUUGUGCUGCGCUCGGACCAACUCUACUUCUACAAGGACGAAGAGGAGACUAAACCACAGGGCUCCAUACCUCUCCAAGGCUGCCUGGUGAACGAGCUCUCGGCCAAUCCGGACGAACCAGGAAGACAUGUUUUUGAAAUUGUACCAGGUGGACCAGGGGACAAGGACAGGGCAGCCAUGAGUCAUGAGGCCUUCUUGUUGAUGGCCAACUCCCAGAGUGAUAUGGACGACUGGGUCCGGGCCAUCCGCAGGGUCAUUUGGGCUCCUUUCGGAGGAGGGAUCUUCGGCCAGCGUCUAGAGGACACGGUGCAGUACGAGAAGAAGUUUGGCCCGCGGCUGGCCCCCCUGCUGGUGGAGCAGUGUGUGGACUUCCUGCGGGAGCGUGGCCUGGACGAGGAGGGCCUCUUCCGCAUGCCGGGACAGGCCAACCUGGUGAAGGAGCUCCAGGAGUCCUUCGACUGCGGGGACAAGCCCCUGUUCGACAGUAACACAGACACCCACACGGUGGCGUCUCUGCUGAAGCUGUACCUCAGGGAGCUGCCGGAGCCCGUCGUCCCCUUCGCCAAGUACGAUGACUUCCUCUCCUGCGCUCAUCUGCUCGCCAAAGACGAGGAGGAGGGGGUCCAGGAGCUGGAAAAACAAGUGAACUCUCUACCUCUGCCCAAUUACAAUCUCCUAAAGUACAUAUGCAAGUUUCUCGACGAGGUCCAGUCCCAUUGUAACGAAAACAAAAUGAGCGUCCAGAACUUAGCCACGGUGUUUGGGCCAAACAUGCUGCGACCCAAGAUGGAGGACCCUGUGGCCAUCAUGGAAGGCACUUCCCUUGUCCAGCACCUGAUGACCAUCCUCAUCAGGGACCACAACCGCCUGUACUCAGGGAGGGACCAGGAGGGGCCGACCGCUCCUCAGUCAGAGCUCACCGUCCCUGGGCAGCAGCUGCAGCACCGCAGCCUGGGGGCCUGGAUCUCCGAGGAGGACCUCCAGAGCUGCCCUCUCUCCAACGCCACCGGCGACGUCGACCUGGAAAGCAGCGCCUCCUCGCUGGACGCCAAACUGUGCGCCGCCGUCACACCCCCUCACCAGACGCCCAACCCCAACCCCGCUCCCCGACUGGGCCCUGCUUCCACAGGGAAGGGAGGAGGAGGCGGAGGAGGAGGAGGAGGCGGAGGAGAGACUGUGAUCAGCCCCAGCAAACAAGCCAAGACGCUGCCCUCCUGGAAAUACACCUUCAAGAGCUCCUCCUCCACGCCGCGCGGCCAGCCCCAGGCCAAGCAGAGCGGCGCAGGCUCCACCACCGACACCGCCAGCUUGUCUUCCGGCAGCGGUGGAGGCGGCGGUGGUGGUGGCGGUGGUGGUGGAGGCGGUGGUGGAGGCGGAGGCAGCAGCGGUAACUGGCUGAUGAACGGUUUGUCCUCCUUGAGGGGUCAUCGGCGCACCUCCUCCGGGGAGCGCUCGGCGCGCGACCGCGACUCCACGGGCUCCUCCCAGCGGCUCUCCACCUACGACAACGUCACCUCCUCGUCCAGCAUGGGGAGCGUGCCCAGCGUGGCCAGCACGCCCUGGUCCACCUCCUCCUGCGAGAUCUCCGGCCCGGACUCGGCCAGCAGCGAGCCCUCGUCCAACCACAACUCCGGCAGCAGCUCCGGAGCCGGUGCGGAGUCGGACAGCCAGAAGGAGGAGGACCAGGGGGGGGACGGGGGGACGGGGGCUGAGCGGAGAGGCUCCGCGGACCAGGAGGACAGCUGUGAGGCCAUGGAGGUGUGUGGGAACAGCGCCGCCUGCAGCGAGAACGGGAACGGGGUUGUGGCGAGCGUUGUCAUUCCGUCCAUUUACACGUCGGAGGACGGGGACGGGGGCUCCCCGUCGCUGGGCAGCCUGGUGGAGGGUCUCCGGGACGAGCUCAGGAGCCAGAAAGGAGCCUAUGAAGUCCGGAUCAAAAAGCUGGAGGAGUCUAGUGCGGCUCUGUGCACCCACAUGGAGCGGCUGGAGCAGGAGAUGGAGCAGGAGAGGAAGAAGCAGCGCAUGCUGGAGAUCAAGCUACGUAACUCUGAGAGGGCACGCGAGGACGCUGAGAACCGAAACAAACUCCUGGAGAAGGAGAUGGAAGACUUCUUCUCCACUCUGGGUGAUCUCGCCCUUGGGGCAAGAACGAGCGAUAUAUAACACGUGGAGCCACCAUCGCUGGGUUUUUACACACACUGUAAACAACCUGCUGACUUCUGGGGUUCAAUUCCAGCGGGUUCUCGGAUCCAUCAACUCCAUCCAAUCAGGACACGGCUUCCAGAAACAUGGAACACGUCAUUGUUUUGUUGGGAAUUUCCCGGUUUGGAGUUAGAGGAACUGGAUUUUUGAUUGGGAUUGGAAGAUGAUGAAAUGUAAAAAAUAUAUAAAUAGGAUGGACACUAGCUACUACUUGGCCGAGAAUUAUAAAAUCCCUGUUGUGGAGAGUGAAGUGCUGCUUAAACCCCUUGACCAAACCAAGGAGACCACAAACUUUGUGCGUUCCAUUUAUCACACAUGGAUCCGAUUUUAUACGCAAGUCAGGUUCUUGUAUGUAUCCGUUGAGAGAGGGGGAAUGGAAUGGAUUAUGUGAAGUAAAUAUUAAGAUCCAGUGAAUGAAAUCCCAUUGUUGAAUGCAAGCUAAUGCUUAAUCAUCUAAGCAAAGCUGUACAAUGCCAGUCAUCGUAGAAGUAUUCCCUGAAAGUAGCUUAUGGCCUACUACUGAAGACAACCUCCUUUCAUUAGAACGAUCACUAACAAUGAUCUUCUCCUUUGGAUCAUCUACCCAACAGAUCUUUAUUAUGGUAACAAGGGCCAAGCCUGUAUGGAAGGGUAUCCUAAACAAGGGGUUGUCAAUGGUGCACAGUACUUAACCAUAAGAGAAACAAGAGCUUGAGAACUCUUCUGCUUCGAGCAGAAGAGUGCCAUUGAUUUAGCAAAACUGCAGUAAAAAGGGAAUUGUUCUACGAUGGUUAAUUCUGGAUUGCUGGUUGAUCUCAGGCCACUUGUGUGCCUAGCUAACGAACCAUUGGACGUAGCUAGCUGCGUCCAAUGUUGAUAUCCCAUGCCCCUCUGUCAACAAAAACCGACAAAAAGUAUUUGGUUUACACCAAUACUUGCAGAUGAAGGUUGUAUACCUCAGAAGAUAAAGUAACACUAUAACAGGGACAAUUUCAACGUGUGACGUGCGACUUUAAGCAUUUACAAUUUAGCCUAUGCUGCCGUAAAAGCCAGGACAUGCAGAAACGAUAUGAAGGUUGCUUGAAAUCCAUACCAAAGCCCCCAAAAGCUAAGACUUAUACUCUGGUGUUUGCUAACCUGUAUGACCUGUACAACCAGACUGGUAGCCAUGUUGGUCUUGACACAGGAAGCUGACCACUGCCAUCACAGUUAACGAUAGCAUUUCCUGGUUGUGCCUUCAGGGAAGUGUUAUUAAACAUAUAAAAAAGGGUGCUGCCUUCUAUUGCGGAUUGGUAAUUUAAACAGAAAGACAUACAAUGAAAUACCUUCAAUUGACCUGGAUUGUGUCAUUUAUUGUGAAGCUGAUUUUGUGUACUGAAUAGACUGAAUUUUGAAUUGAGAAUGUACUCUUCGUAGUGAAUGUACUGUGUUGUGAAUGAAACCAACGGAACCAUUAUUUUAAAAUAGCUAGAAAACAGAAUAUCACUGUAGUUGCCCACAAUGUAUCAACCUUAGGGUUGAUAUCAGUUUGUACCACUUCACAAUGUCUUUGAUAUAGGAAUCCAAUCACUAGCCAACAAGACAAGUAGGUUUAAUUCCUUACUUAUCAACCUCAAAUACGAAAACAUACAACAAAUAUAUGAUAGACAUUUGUCAUUCAAAAGACUUAGGUUCACGCAGUCAUGUGUUGUAAGCAUUGCAUGUGGUUAAAUUGUUGUCUUUUUAAACAAAGGUGCAGAUAGCAGCACUCAUUUCCUAAGGAGCGCACUGUUACCAGUAUGAAUUAAAAGUGAAAAUGUGCUUUGGUUGGGAAAAGAAAAGGUAAUCAUUUUACUUUUCUUAUUUUAAUAUAUUUUGUACAGAAGAACAUAGUAAAUGUUAUUCAAUGGCCCUCGUUAUGAGUAAAUGUUUGCAAGUGAGGAUAUCAGAGUUUUCACCGUAAGUUUUUUUUUUAUUUUUAUGAACUGACAACUUAAGUUUACGGGCCUCUAUUUUACCACUAUGAUAUGUGGGUCGACAGGCCUCUUUGUGAUGAAUAUAGGGGGGUAUUUGAAAUGGCGUUUCAGCAUCACACCUGGUGGUAAAAUGGGGGCCCUUUAAGCAAAAUGUGCUGGACUGAAGACUUAACUAUGUCUCCACAGAGCAGUUAUGGUGCUUAUUUAUUAUAAAUCAACUCUAUUGUAAUGAAUGAAUAAUCUAUGAAUAAAUGAAAAAUUGAUACUGAAAAGACUUCAGUGGGAAUGCAACAAACAAACCAAAGUAUUGUGUCAUUUGGAUCUCAUUUUAAGUGCCACAUUACGAUCGAAGUACACAUUUUUUUGGCUUAUAAAAUGGUCUUCAACGUAAAUGAAGAACACGGAAACACCUGAGUGAUUCAAAGUGUAUUUUACUUUAUUUGCAGUACAUGUUUUUUUUGUUGGUUGUUUUUUUUCUGAGUUGGCAUCGUCCGAUCCCAGGGCAUGUAUUCUAGUAGUGCACUUAAUCGUUGUUUGCGCUUCUCUGGGGUCACGCAACACCAACAACUCUUAAUCUACUUGCAUGGCUGGAUUCACUAGCAAACAUUACAAACCAGCACCAUACAUAUAACGAGUUUUUACAAUUUUUUUUAGGCAUUGAAACUUUUAUCCUGUUUUGUUUAUUAACAUUAUUUUCGUCUUACCACACAACCAAAUCAAGAUCUUCUGGCCAUGAUGAACAUGAAGAAAUCUUGUUUACUUUUCUUUUUUUGUGUUUUCGAUCUCUGGCCGGAUCUGAUUGGUCGGUAAGACUAAUUACAGAACAAUAUGAUUAUAAACAAGUCACAGCAAAAAAAAACGAAAAUAAAAAAA